ACUUGAAGCUACAAAUAGUCCUGUUUGUUUAAUCGUAAUUGUUGUUUGAUGGUAUUUUGUGGUUAUUGCGGCCGAAUUUCCAAUUUACGAGCGAAAUAAUCUAAUAAUUGGUAUGAAUUAAAUGCUCAAUUCACGAGAAGAAGCACCCAGCGAUCGGGAGCCAAUGGUGGUCCUGCUGCCUUUGGGUGGUGGCGAUUGUUUACAACAGAAGAGAUCUACGCCUCGCAAUUUCCCAUACUAGGGAUUAAAUUUGUUACACACCUACCUGAAGUUGCAAGUGCAAAUCGUGAGUAACAGCAAUUUUGUGAUUGCCGACCGAAGGUGCUUCCCUUAUCAGUGCGCUGUGUCAAGGGAGUGUUACUGUGUGUGUUUUUAUCAUGGGUUUUUGAACAAGAGUAAUUACGACGAUAGCAAUUUUUCGUGAAUAUUUUGUGCUGUCAAAAGAGAAAAUUGAGCUGCAAUUAUGCGCUGGAUUGCCAACCUUGAUGGUGGUCCCAGACGAGUCAACCAUGCCUCGGUGGCCGUGGGGGACUAUAUUUACUCGUUUGGUGGUUAUUGCACAGGAGAAGACUAUCGUUCCACAUGUGCCAUCGAUGUGCACAUACUCAACACCAACAAUAUGCGAUGGACUCUGGCUCCGACGAUGAAAGAUGAGUACGGAGUGCCAUGCAAGUACCCGGAUGUUCCGUUUCAACGAUAUGGCCAUACGGCGGUAGCGUAUGAGCAUAAGGUUUACAUUUGGGGAGGAAGAAACGACGAAAUUGUUUGUGAUAUCCUGUUUUGUUUCGACACAAAGACUCUGAGGUGGAGUAAACCUGCCGUCACCGGAAGGGUUCCUGGUGCAAGAGAUGGCCAUUCGGCGUGCAUUUAUGGCAAUCGCAUGUACAUAUUCGGUGGCUUCGAAGAAAUCAUUGACAAAUUCUCGUGUGAUGUACACUAUCUGGAUCUGCAGACGAUGCACUGGACUUAUGUGGAUACCCGAGGUGAUCCACCGUCGUACAGGGACUUUCAUUCCGCCACCAUAGUGAAUCAUAAAAUGUUCGUGUUCGGUGGUCGUGGAGAUGCCUGGGGUCCAUAUCAUUCACAGGAGGAAAUUUACUGCCCGAAGAUAGUCUGUCUGGAUCUCAGAACGAACCGUUGGGAGAUGCCAAAUACCACAGGCGAAGAGCCACUCGGUAGAAGAAGCCAUUCAGCAUUUGUAUUCAAAAACAAAAUCUACAUCUUCGGUGGCUACAACGGUAAUUCGGACAUACACUUCAAUGAUCUCUAUUGCUUCGAUCCAGUGCGAUAUGUGUGGAGAUUAGCACACCCACGAGGCCAGUCUCCUAGAGCACGUCGGCGGCAAUCAUGUCUGGUAAUAGGCCAGAGAAUGUAUUUAUUCGGAGGCACAUGCCCAUCACAUCUCUCGGAUCCAGCCACAUACGAUUAUAGCGACACACACGUGCUGGACUUUCAUCCAACGUUACGUACUCUUGCGAUGCUGAAGGUACAGGAAUACAAGCUAGACAGUACUUGCCUACCGAGAACAAUCAGGAUCGAAAUGCGCAAUAUGACUACACCCAACAAGAUAAGUCGCUCACUGGUGAGCGGUUGAAUGACAUGGCAACGCGAAGCAGGAAAAUGUUUACGUGUUUGUAAAAUCCUAGUUGAAUCUUUGUAUCAAAUUGUUUAGUUAAUUUCUAUGAUACCGCUGAGUUUUUUUUUUUUCCUGCCUUGUGUAUUCAUUGCUGAACUAGGUGUACGAUGGAAGAGUUGCAAUAUUCCGAGUGAGGAAUAAAACGAAAUUUUACGA